UGUUAAAUCUCGGUCCCCUGACUCCUUGGAGACCAGCCUGUAAACUUCAGAACAGCAGAACGACACCAAAACAUGAGGACAGCGCUUCUCUUCCUCUGCCUUCUGGGAAUCGCUUGUGCCUUCUCAGUAAAAAACUUCCGAAGAAGAUUUAAAUCAGAGGAUUCAGACGAAAAUGCAGUAUUCAAGAACAGAUUUAGGAAUUUCCUUUACAGAUAUCCCUAUCACUACUCACCUAUGAAAAGAUAUCAGUUUAACAGUGACUCAUCAGAAGAAGGCUACGGUGGUGAUAGUUCAGAAGAGGAGGAAGAAGAAGAAGGGGGACAGUCCAAUGAAGAAAAUGAAGGAGGCAAUGAGAAUGAAACUGAAAAAGCCGCUACAGAAGCUCCUUCUGGAAAAGGAACAGUUAAUAAAGGACACGCCAAGCCUCCUAAGCAGGUGCCAGUGAAAAAAGAUCCUGUUGAGAUACCAGGAAAAGGAGGCGGGAUUAAAAAGGGCGAAAAAGACAAAGCUCCAGAAAAAGGAGGGAAGAAGGAAGGCUCUGAAAACGAGGAAGACAGUGAUGAAAAUGAAGAAGAAGAAAAUGAAGAAGAAGAAAAUGAAGAAGAGGAGAAAGUGGAUGAGAAUGGACAAAGUGUCAAUGGUACCUCUACCAACAGCACUGCAGAAGAGAAUGGAAACGGUGGCAACGGAGAGGAGGAAGAGGAAGGUAAUGAAGAGGAAGAAAAGGAAGCAACCACCAUUAUCCCUACUACUGAGGUCACUACUGUUAUCUCCACGACAGAGUAUCAGGAGCAAUAUGAAACUACCACUGAAGAUCAGUGGCAGUACGUGACCCCUGAAGAUCCGUGGCAGUACGACACCACCACCGAAGAGCCAUAUGUUUAUGAUACCACCACCACCGGUUACGAAAACGGCAAUGAGGCACAAACAGAUUACUACGGGAGCGAGAACGGGUAUCCCCGCGGCGACACUUUCAGAACAUACGAAGAUGAGUAUAGCUACUAUAAAGGGCAUGGAUAUGAUGUUUAUGGCCAAGACUACUAUUACAACCAGUGAAGAAAUGAAGCCAUCGCUUGGCAUGAUUAGUGAUAAUGGCUUGUAUCCUCAACACUCUGCUCAGCCAAGUUUGACGCUUCCACCAGCCUAAGGAGACUUCCAUCGA